AUGGUCUCCACUACUAUCAACUUCUCCGGCCUCAUGUGCCUCGUCCUUGCUCUUGGCCCCGCCACCGUCCUCUCUGCUCCCCAGCUGCCCGCUCUCCCAUUCCCUGAGACCACCAACCAGGGCCCAGGAAACAGCGAGACCUCCGCCGGCAGCGGCGUUAAAGUCGGCAUCCCCGGCGGUCCCUAUGUGAACGUUGGCGCCGGAUUCCUCGACUCCCACCGCGGCCCCUGCAGCCCAGGCUCAGGCGAUGACCACAGCGCUGGCGCAGGUGUCGACGUUGGUAUCCCCGGUGGCCCUAACGUCAAAGCCGGCAAUGGCGAGCACCACCACCAGGACGGCUACCCUUGCCCUGAGCCUCCUGCCGUUGUCGUCGUUCCUACUACCACUGUCUCCCCUCCCACCGAAAUUACCACUCCCCCCGUUGAGACUGCCCACCCUCCUACCUGGACUGGCGUCCCCGCCAUCCUCCCUCCCACCUUCACCACCCCCAUCUCCGGCCCUCUCACCACUGUCCCAGCCGCCUGGUCAUCCGUGGUCCCCGCCCAGUCAUCCACCCCAUUGAUCCACCCCGCCGUGCCCACUGCAUCGGCCUCGCCUUCCGCUGUUCCUUCCGUUCCCGUCGUGCCCACCUUCAACGCCGCCUCAUCUCUCGUCCCAGCCUCCAUCCUCGCACUGGCUCUUCCCGUUAUCGUGACUUUCUUCCAGUAA